CACAGACAUCAUCAGGACACAACUCUCGCACGCCAAAUUAAAACGCGCAACACGUAAACAAGCCUAUGCGAUGGGUUUCUAAGAAAUUGGCCUAAACAGCUUGCAAAUAUCCCUCCCUCUCUCUCUUAGAUACAUUUUCUGAGUCUUAUUGACUCCAUAAAAAGCAAGAACAGCCUCCUUAAAACCUCUGCAAUAGCGUGGCUAAUAGACGUGUAUACAAAAAAUAAAAACCAAACAGAGACCUUAAAAAUUGGGUUCUCUUUUGUUUUUUCAAACAAAUGAGCCAUACACUGUUCUAUGGCCCAACAACAUUCCACCGAUCAAUGUUGCGAUUGUUCACCAAGCCAAGGACUAUAUCAGCCUUGCUUCUGAUCUGCAGAAGAUCACUUGACUGGAACUCAGCUGGAUCGUCGAUCCUCACCACCAAAACUUCAACGUAUUGCAGAUCAUAGUAGCAUCGUGAGGUCCAGGAUAGUGGAUGCAAAUUAACACAGUGUGAGUCCGCUACGGUUGGCAGGUUGACACUGCCAAAACACAGCUAAUCAUGGGUGCGCGGAAACGGGUACGAACCGCGGAAACAUGGGACCCGGAAGAAGAAUUUGAGGUAGAAAAAAUUGUUGAUGAAAAACUCGACCCCAAAGGAAAUGUAAUGCUUUAUCGAGUACGAUGGCUUAACUAUUCAUCGAGAAGUGAUACAUGGGAACCCCCCAGCAAUUUAGUUGGAUGUACAGCCGUUCUUCGCGAUUGGCAUAAGAAACAAAAACGGCCGCUACCAGCCGAACUGUUGACUCCGGAAGAACGCCAAAAUAUACCCAAGGUUGUGAAGAAGACAUCCUCUUCCCCUUCAGCACGCACAUCUCUUGGAAAUUCGACGCCCGUUGCAAGGACAUCCAAGGGAAAACAAGAUUCACGUGGCACUUCUUCUCGCCGUAGUUCAACAAACAAACACAAGCAGAAAUCGAAACGCGGACAUGAUACAAACGAUGACCAGGAAGAUUUAUACUCCUUUUUUGGUUCAACCAAACGUCCUCGGAAAACUAGUGCUGAAGCAACGGAAAUCAUUGAAAUCGAUGUCGAGGAUGAUAAUGCACCCGACACUGAAAUCCCUAAAGCAGAUGACGAAAACACUAAAGAGGAUUUGAUUGUAAAACCUCCUUCUCCUUUACAAAAGCAAUUCAUCAUAUACCCAGUAUCCCGUCCGCCUACACGAGAUGCGUACGCUCACUUUUCAAACUAUGAAAAACGAGAACUAUUUCGAGAUCGCCUCCGUCAACUUAGAGGUCCUGAAAUUACCUUAGUGAAUGAGGUCGAUGACGAACCAUGCCCGUCUCUUGACUUUCAGUUUAUCUCUGAAUACCGAUUAACAGAAGGCGUUAUUCCUCCAGACCCUAAUUUUCAGUCAGGCUGUAAUUGUCCUUCGGAGGGCUGCAACCUUCUAGAGCCAAACUCGUGCCAAUGUUUAGAAGACAUGGAUGACCCGCGAAGUUUUGCAUAUGACGAACAUGGCCGGUUACGGCCAGACUCUGGUAAUGUAAUAUAUGAGUGCAAUGACUUUUGUUCUUGUUCUAUGGACUGUCCAAACAGGGUUGUUCAGCGAGGUCGUGUACUUCCAUUGGAAGUUUUUAAAACGAAAGAUAAGGGCUGGGGAGUUCGAACGAUUCGAACGGUGAAGGCUGGAACAUUUGUUACUUGUUAUUUAGGUGAGGUUAUCUCUUCCCAUGAAGCAGCAGAACGUGAUAAAAAUUACGAGAAAGACGGUAUUACAUACUUGUUCGAUCUUGACAUGUUUGAUGAUGCGAGCGAAUACACGGUUGAUGCGCAACGCUAUGGUGAUGUUUCUCGUUUUUUCAAUCAUUCCUGUUCACCAAAUUUGGCUAUCUACUCUGUGGUUCGGAAUCGAGGUGUGCGAACAAUUUAUGAUCUGGCCAUGUUCUCCAUAAAAGAUAUCAAUCCUAUGGAAGAAUUGACUUUUGAUUAUGCUGGUAUUCGUGAACAGGUGUCACCUGUGCCAAAGGAACCAAAACAACCUAUUCGCCAUGGAAAGGCAUAUCGGAAAUGCAGAUGCGGUGCACCAAAUUGUAGAGGAUGGCUAUUCUCUUAGCCAUUGAACAAUCUUCAAUUUUUUGUCUCCUAACUACUUCCUGAUAACGUCGUUCUUUCCACUAAAAAACUGUCUUCUUGUAAUACAUAAGUCUAUUAUUCAAACAUUAUCAAAUUCGCCCGUUUCCUCCUCACAUACCUAACGUCUCUCGCCGCUUAUGAAGUCCUCUACGAAUACAGCAAUCCUCGUAGAAUUGAUAAAAAUAAAAAGCACUACUCAUUAACUAUUUAAUGUUACACAAUAAUGAAAGCCGGACAUCCUAUGAUACAAAAAGCGAAAUGCUUGUUAAAGUCGCUUGAAAGGCUGUGAUGAAAGCACGGAGAAGACAUUGCUCUUCCUAGAAUUGAAAAGGCGUUUUAAGCACAAGUGAAUCAUUCACCUUUGUUAUCCUCAGACACCACCGCGGCAGUGUCGACCGUGUUCUCCGAUUCCAAGUUCUUGUUUAAGACCUCUUCAGCGGGUGGAACGGCAACUUCAGAUGAAAUAGCGGGAUCAGCUUCCGCACUAGCGGGUUCCUCAGAUACCUCCUUGAACUCAUGCAGGCUGCUAGCAGCUGCAUCGUCAGAGUCAACUUGCGUCUCAACAGGAGCAGAAGUUUCAGUAGUAGUGACUGUCUCCACUUGCUUUACAUCUUCCUCCACGUUUUCGUCAGCCUUUGUCUCUGAAGGGAUAGGUUCGACAAUCUCCGAACCAACAGCAUCAGAAUUCUCAGCAGCCUCACCAGUGCCAGGUCCAGAAAUCUUUGAUACGGGCUCGGUAUUCACCGGAGUAAAAGAAGGUUGCUCUUCCUCAUCUACAUCAACGACAACGGGAGCUUCUUCGGUACCCAACUCGGCCGUGAUGUUGGCAUCGGCGGCAGCAGGUUCUGUCUCCGUUUCCGUAGCAGCCUUAGCCAAAGCAGCCUCUCGUUUCGCCGAGUAAUCAGGAGAGUUAUGGAAUCCAUGAUGAAGCGUUUCCGAUAGUCUUCUCAUAAGUGGGGAAGACAUCAAGCUGAACUUAUGCUUUGAGGGUGAAUCCGCAGAAUCAUUUGUCUUCUUGGGUGUUUUUUGCUUUUGCUUUUUAGGCGAGAAAAAAUGUUUCUUCUCCUUUGAAGUUGAAGCUGGCGCCGAUGCGGUAACUGGAGCUGAAGCCUCCUGUUCCUCUUCGGCAGGCUCUUCUGAAACACUUUUCAUUGGGCUGGGAGAACGACGGAAGAUGCCAGAAAGACGUGCACGCAAGUGAGGAGUGGAUGGUGAUGCCCCAGAAGGAACCUGUGCCGGUGGUUCCGCAUUGAGGGUUUCUGCCGCUGCAUUCUCAGUCUCAGGAACAUCCUCAUUUACAUUUUGAGGCGUGUCAUCAGUAACCUCGGGUUCUUGAACAAUAGGGACUGCUGGAGAGGCAUUUUCUUUCACUCCCUCUUCCGGUAUUGCGUCUUUCGUUGCACCAGAGGGCUUGAAAUGAACGAAUGAUUGUAAAAUUUCAAAGACAGAGUCACGCUUCCGUGGAUCCGGGGCCGCUGACUUGUCCACUGACUUGCCCUUUUCCUUUGAUUUGCUUCCAUCUUUCUUGCCAAAGAAGUACAAGAAAGAAUAAGCUGCAUUGGCACUUUCAGCCGAGUAUUUCUUCAACUUGGCAAAUGUGUCCUUAUAUGCUUCGCUGUUCUCCACAUCCACCCGAGCCUGUUUGUAACGUUGGACAUUCUCAAUAAUAUAUUUGACCCACUUGUCGCGCUCCGCAGGGCUGGGUGCCUCAAAGGUAGCGAUUUUGCCAGAUCCUGUGGCUAUAAUAAACUUUUGGUCAAAGCUGGGCUCAACAGCAACAACAUCAUACUGCGAAAUACGUUAGUUUCAAUGCGAAUUAGGUAAAGAAAUUCGUAGGUACCAAAGGAAUAAUUCCACUAGGGCUAUCGGAUGCAAGUUGAGACUUUGAAUAAAACAACAAUCCGUCUCCCGUUUGAGUUGCGUGAGCAAUUAAUUCAAGGUAAUAGUCACGAGAAGAGGGAGCAGGCGCUUCCUUCGGCUCCUCUACGCCUUCACCCUCUUCGUCGCCGUUUGAAGGGUUUGACUCGGUCGCUGUUUUAUCUGUUUCAGUCAAAGAACCAUAGAAUCGCUUUCGAUAAUAAUAGUUUAAGUUUUUAAGUUCAAAUUUUUUCGUCUGAACAUAAAAAAAC